ACAACACGGCAAACAACGCAACUUGCAAGCGGUGCUCGCGGUGCUCGCGGAGGCUCAUCAUGUCAGCCGGCAGAGUUUAAAAAGUGCACGUGUCCGCGCGUAAACAAUGCUCCUCUGAAAAGGUGCAGGCCUCUCGCACAUUAAGCAGCUAGUUGGGUAGUGAGCAACGGAGCUUAUCAGCCAUGAAGGCGGAACUAGUCUUGGAAGAUGGGACCACCUUUACCGGCUCUGUGUUUGGAAAUCCACAGAGCAUCUCUGGCGAAGUUGUGUUCCAGACGGGCAUGGUGGGUUACGUGGAGUCCCUGACGGAUCCAUCAUACUGCCGGCAAAUCUUGGUGCUCACCUACCCGCUGAUCGGCAACUAUGGGGUUCCCUCGGACGAGACGGACCAGCACGGCCUGCCGCGCCACUUCGAGUCGCGACGCAUCUGGGCCGCGGGGCUCGUCGUUGGAGAGUGCGUCGACGAGUACAGCCACUGGAGCGCCAAGCAGUCUCUCUCGAGCUGGCUCCAGUCUGCCGGGGUGCCCGGCAUCACGGGCAUAGACACCCGGGAACUGACGAAGAAAAUUCGAGAGAAAGGCACCAUGCUCGGGAAGAUCGUCGUGGGAGGAGCCAAGGCAUCGGACCUCAAAUUUGAGGACCCAAACAGCUUGAACCUUGUCAAGGAAGUCUCGAUUAAGAAACCGGUGGUGUACAACCGCGGUGGGCAGCCCCGAAUCACGGUGAUCGACUGCGGCAUGAAGAACAACCAGCUGCGCUGCCUGAUCGGCCGUGGCGCCUGCGUCACUGUGGUGCCCUGGGACCACCCCAUCAAUCUUAACGAAAUGGACGGCCUCUUUGUGAGCAACGGGCCCGGCGACCCUACCCAAUGUGGUGCCACGGUGAAGACCUUGCGGAGCGUCCUGGGCGCCGGUGCCGAGAACCCCACGCCUGUCUUUGGGAUCUGUCUGGGACACCAGCUCAUGUCCCUCGCCGUGGGAGCGACCACCUUCAAGAUGAAGUACGGCAACCGGGGCCACAACCAGCCCUGCCUGUUCGCCGACUCUGGGCGGUGCUGCAUCACGAGCCAGAACCACGGUUACGCUGUGGACGUCUCCAGCCUCCCCAAGAACUGGAAGCCGCUCUUCGUGAACGCCAACGACGAGACCAACGAGGGCAUUGUGCAUGAGAAGCUCCCGUUCUUCAGUGUGCAGUUCCAUCCGGAGCACAUGGCUGGCCCGGCGGACUUGGAGUUUCUCUUUGACGUGUUCCUGGAAUCCGUUCAGGACAUGCUUUCUGAGAAACCAUGCAUACCCAUCCAGAAGCGGAUUGCGAACAAGUUCUCCGCCCUGUCCCCGGCUCCGACCGUCGCAGCCAAGAGGCCGAGGAAGGUCCUCAUUCUGGGGUCGGGUGGACUCUCCAUCGGCCAGGCCGGAGAGUUUGACUACUCGGGAUCGCAGGCGAUCAAGGCGCUGAAGGAAGAGAAGAUCCAGACGGUGCUAAUCAACCCCAACAUCGCGACGGUCCAGACGUCGCCGGGCCUCGCCGACAAGGUCUACUUCCUCCCGAUCACGCCCUACUACGUUGAGGAGGUGAUCAAGUCGGAGCGGCCAGACGGGAUCCUGCUCACGUUUGGCGGACAGACGGCCCUCAACUGCGGCGUGACGCUUCAGCAGACUGGAGUGCUGGAGCGCUACGGUGUGGCGGUGCUGGGCACGCCGAUCAGCUCCAUCAUCCACUCGGAAGACCGCAAGCUGUUCGCCGAACUGGUCGAGGAGAUAAACGAAAAGGUGGUGCCCAACUGCGCAGUCUACAGCAUCGACGAGGCGAUGUUGGCGGCGGAUAAGCUGGGUUUCCCCAUCCUGGUGCGGGGCGCCUUCUGCCUGGGAGGCCUGGGCUCUGGCUUUGCCCACAACUCCGAGGAGCUCAGGGCCCUGGUGGCCCAGGCCCUGGUGCGCUCCAGCCAGGUGCUGCUCGACAGGAGCCUCAAGGGCUGGAAGGAGGUCGAGUAUGAGGUGGUGCGCGACGCCUACGACAACUGCAUCACGGUGUGCAACAUGGAGAACCUGGACCCGCUGGGCAUCCACACGGGCGAGUCGAUCGUGGUGGCCCCCAGCCAGACGCUCACCAACGAGGAGUACAACCGCCUGCGCACCACCGCCAUCCGGGUGGUGCGCCGCCUGGGCAUCGUCGGGGAGUGCAACGUCCAGUACGCCCUCAGCCCCCACUCCUUUGAGUACUACAUUGUGGAGGUGAAUGCCCGCUUGUCGCGGAGCUCCGCCCUGGCGAGCAAGGCGACGGGCUACCCGCUGGCCUACAUUGCGGCCAAGCUGUCCCUGGGCAUCUCCCUGCCCUCCCUGAAGAACACGGUGACCUGCAAGACGACCGCCUGCUUCGAGCCGAGCCUCGAUUACUGUGUGGUCAAGAUCCCCCGCUGGGACCUUGGGAAGUUCCCCCACGUCAGCAACAAGAUCGGGAGCUCCAUGAAAAGCGUCGGGGAGGUGAUGUCCAUCGGACGGUCGUUCGAAGAGGCGUUCCAGAAGGCGAUUCGGAUGGUCGACGAACUGGUCUUCGGACUGGACCCGUACCUCAAGCCGGUCAGCGACGAGAAGCUCAAGUGUCCAACAGACAAGCGGAUGUUCUACCUGGCGUCAGCGAUCAAGGCGGGCUACUCGCUCGAGCGCCUGAACGAGCUCACGCAGAUCGACCCCUGGUUCCUCAGCAAGAUCAUGAACAUCAUCAAAUACCACACUUUCCUCGAAGGUCUUCGAAACAAGCCGGAGGCACUUUCAUACGACAUCCUGAAGCGUGCCAAGCAGCUCGGUUUUUCGGACAAGCAGAUUGCGCAGUGUGUGGAGAGCACCGAGCUGGUGGUGCGCAAGACGCGUCAGGAGCUGGGCAUCGUGCCGCUGGUGAAGCAGGUGGACACGGUGGCGGCGGAGUGGCCGGCGGCCACCAACUACCUGUACCUGACGUACAACGCCACGAGCAGCGACCUGGCCUUCGUGGCCCAGAGCGCCAUCAUGGUGCUGGGCUCGGGCGUCUAUCGCAUCGGAAGCUCGGUCGAGUUUGACUGGUGCGCUGUCAGCUGCGUCCAGGAGCUCAGGAAGCUCGGCAAGGCGACCAUUAUGGUGAACUGCAAUCCAGAAACGGUGAGCACGGACUACGACAUGUGCGACCGGCUCUACUUCGACGAGAUAUCAUUUGAGACGGUGAUGGACAUCUACACUUUAGAACAGCCCGAAGGCAUCAUCCUCAACAUGGGAGGCCAGCUGCCAAACAACAUUGCUAUGGAUUUGCACAGGCAAAAGGCGCGGAUCAUGGGAACAUCCCCGGAAUCGAUCGACUGCGCCGAGAACCGCUUCAAGUUUUCGCGGAUGCUCGAUUCCAUCGGAAUAUCCCAGCCUCGCUGGAAGGAGCUCACUAACCUUGAGAACAUCAAGUCAUUCUGCGAGGAGGUUGGCUACCCGUGUCUGGUUCGUCCCAGCUACGUCCUUAGCGGGGCGGCCAUGAACGUGGCCUACUCUCACCGCGACCUCGAAGGCUACCUGAGCGAGGCGAGCGCCGUCUCCAAGGAGCACCCCGUCGUCAUCUCCAAGUUCAUCUGCGAGGCCAAGGAAAUCGACGUGGACGCCGUGGCCAAAGACGGCGUGGUGGUGGCCAUGGCAGUGUCGGAGCACGUCGAGAAUGCCGGAGUGCACUCCGGGGAUGCGACCCUGGUGACCCCGGCCCAGGAUCUGAACCCCGAAACCCUGACCAAGAUCCGGGCCAUCUGUCAGGCUAUCGGACAGGCCCUGUUGGUCAGCGGGCCCUACAACAUGCAGCUCAUCGCAAAGGACAACCAGCUGAAGGUGAUAGAGUGCAACCUGCGGGUGUCCCGCUCUUUCCCGUUUGUGUCCAAGACGCUCAACUGCGACUUCGUGGCUCUGGCGACGCAAGUCAUCCUGGGCUUGCCCAUAGAACCCAUCGAGGUGACCUUUGGGUGCGGCAAGGUCGGCGUGAAGGUGCCGCAGUUCUCGUACUCACGCCUGGCGGGAGCCGACAUCCGCCUGGGGGUGGAGAUGGCAUCGACGGGGGAAGUGGCCUGCUUCGGGGAGAACCGCUACGAGGCGUACCUCAAGGCCCUGGUCAGCACGGGCUUCUGCAUCCCUAAGAAGAACAUCUUCCUCUCCAUCGGCAGCUACAAACACAAGGCAGAGUUUUUGCCCAGUGUGAGAACCCUGGAGAAAAUGGGCUACAAGCUGUACGGAAGCCUGGGCACCUCCGACUUCUACAUGGAGCACGGCAUCAAGAUCGAGGCGAUGACAUGGCCAUUCCACGACGCGGGUGAAGAGGGCAACGCCAACGCCUCCAACGUGUCCUCGGACGGCCAAAGCUGCAGCAUCGCGGACUUCCUGGAGCAGAAGGGCUUCGACCUGGUGGUGAACCUGCCCAUGUGCAGCAGCGGCGCGCGGCGCAUCUCCACAGUGCUCACACAGGGAUACCGCACCCGCCGCAUGGCUGUCGACUAUGCCGUGCCCCUUGUCACCGACGUCAAGUGUGCCAAACUCCUCGUCGAGGCCCUGCGCCUGGUUCGCAAGGCACCGCCGGUGAAGACUCACAUCGACUGCAUGACGUCGCGCAAGAUCGUGCGGCUGCCGGGGCUGAUCGAUGUGCAUGUGCACCUUCGGGAGCCCGGCGCGUCCCACAAGGAGAACUUUGCCUCCGGAACGGCGGCCGCCCUCGCCGGAGGCUUCACUCUUGUCUGCGCCAUGCCCAACACCAAGCCACCGCUGUGCGAUGGCGCAGCGCUUGCGCUCUGCCAACAGGUGGCGAAGGCGGGGGCUCGCUGCGACUACGCCUUGUUUGCCGGCGCCAGUCCAACCAAUGCGGAAGAGGUGCUGUCGCUGGCCUCGUCCGUCGUGGGACUCAAGAUGUACCUCAACGACACCUUCGGGCCGCUCUGCAUGGACAGCGUGUCGGACUGGCUUGAGCACUUUGAGAAGUGGCCCAAGAACGUCCCGCUCUGCUGCCACGCCGAGGGACGGACGACAGCGGCCGUCAUCCUGCUGGCGAGCCUGUACCAACGGCCCGUCCACAUCUGCCAUGUCGCCAGGGAGGAGGAGAUCCUGAUAAUCAAGAGGGCGAAAGAGCAGGGCCACGAGGUCACUUGCGAGGUCACCCCGCACCACCUGUUCCUGACGACAGAGGACGUGAGCGCUGCGGCGCCGGGCAAAGGGGCGGUCAAGCCUCCCCUGGUGACCGCCAGGGACCAGAAGGCCCUCUGGGACAACAUCGACGUCAUAGACUGCAUCGCCACCGACCACGCCCCGCACACGUUGGAGGAGAAGAUGGACGAAAAUGCUCCCCCGGGCUUCCCGGGACUGGAGACUGCGUUGCCACUGAUGCUGACUGCUGUAGCAGAGGGCAAGCUGACAAUGGAGGCUUUGGUGAAGAAGAUGUACCACAACCCCAAGCAAAUCUUUAACCUUCCUGUACAGCCAGACACCUACAUCGAGGUGGAUUUGGACGAAGAGUGGACCAUUCCUGAAGCUCCUCCGUACAGCAAGGCUCAAUGGACCCCCUUCGCCGGCCGCAAGGUCCGUGGACAAGUCAGGAGAGUCGUGGUCCGUGGGGAAGUCGCCUUCGUCGACGGACAGGUCUUGGUUGAGCCAGGCUAUGGCCAGGACGUGAUGACGGUGCCGGCGCAGACGGAGUUGGAGCGCACCUCGAGCCUCGUCAACCUGUCGGCGGCUGUGUCGGACAAGGCAAGUUCCGGGGUUGCGGAGGUUUCACUCGCAGUCGCAGAAGCCAGGCGGAGAACUCCCGGUCGCCGGGUCAGCUCGGCCAAGACACUCACGACUGAGAUGUACAACAAGAUGUUCCAAGAGCUGGGCCUGCCCGAGCACCUCCAGAUGCCCUCCGUGUCGGAGGACGCGAAGCUACUCCCGCGGUGUCCGAGCCCGCUGGUGCCCCCUGUGGGCAAGUGGUCCCUGCCGGAGGUGCCCCACGCCCUCCAGGGCUGUCACGUGCUCUCGGCAGACAUGUUCUCCAAGGACCAGAUGCACGCCAUGUUCAACUUGGCACAUGCCUUCAGCCUCUUCGUGAACAAGGACCGCCCGCUCGACCACGUGCUUAGGGGGAAGGUGAUGGCGUCCGUCUUCUACGAGGUGAGCACGCGUACGUCGUGCAGCUUUGCGGCGGCGAUGCAGCGUCUCGGCGGCACGGUCAUCCACAUGGCGGAGUCAAGCUCCUCCACCCAGAAAGGAGAGAGUCUCGAGGAUAGCAUCGCAGUCAUGGCCGGCUACAGCGAUGUCGUGGUCCUGCGGCAUCCACAACCCGGCGCUGUCAUGCGAGCAGCCAAGCACUGCCGCAAGCCUGUCAUCAACGCUGGAGACGGUGUUGGCGAACAUCCCACACAGGCGCUACUUGACAUCUACACCAUCCGGGAAGAAAUCGGCACCGUGAACGGCCUCACGGUGACACUGGUGGGAGACCUGAAGCACGGGCGGACGGUGCAUUCUCUGGCCCGUCUGCUGACCCACUAUGACGUGCAGCUGCGCUACGUCGCCCCCAAGAACCUGGGCAUGCCGGACUCCGUCAAGGAACUUGUCGCCUCCCGCGGCAUCCCUCAGGAGGAGAUUGCAAGCUUGGAGGCAGCAUUGCCAGACACGGAUGUGCUGUACAUGACGAGGAUUCAGAAGGAACGCUUCAGCAGUGCCGAGGAAUACGAGAAGGCCUGCGGCCUAUUCGUUGUGACACCUCAGCUGAUGACCAGGGCAAAGAAGAGAAUGAUUGUGAUGCACCCCCUGCCGCGAGUUUUCGAGAUCAGCCCCGAAUUCGACACGGAUCCACGGGCCGCGUAUUUCCGCCAGGCAGAGGCCGGGAUGUACGUCCGCAUGGCCCUUCUAGCGAUGGUCCUCGGCCGCGUCUGAGAAGCGGCCGUCGCACACCUUCUUUUGGGCGUUGUGUUCGUCUAUUUGUUGUUAUGGUGCGACGUUUCUGUUUGCGCACCUCUCGCACACCUCACGUGUGUGGACAUUUGAAUUCGUCGAGCGUCGGGACACUUUUUUACUCUUUGGACACACUGCUACGCUCCCUUCUCUCGAAAUGAUCGGCCGUGGUUUGCGUUUCCUGUAUAUUGUAUGUUGUUUAGCGCGUAAUAUUGGCGGCACUGGGCACUCUUUACAUAGGUUUCGUGUACUGAAUUGGGGGUAGCAGUUUUAUUUGGUGCGUGUUAUACUUUGCAAUUGUUAGAUUGGUGGCACCGAUGCUGUGAAUUUUUCUCACCCGAACAUUUGUCGCCGCUAUGAUGAUUACAUUGCCUACUUUAUUGUGAUUGUUAAAUUGGGGUGGCAACGAUGCUGGGAUGAAUUUUCCUCGCCCGAACGUUUGUUGGCAACACGAUGACUGCACCUGCUAACAUUUUAUAGUUUUGUUUGCAGUGGGGUUUGUGUUGUUAAAAGCACAGCCUUUUCUCUGAGUGUUUAAGCGAGUUCAAUCUUGAAAAAUUUAGUCGUGGCUACAAGUUCACUCCAGGAGUUUAAAGUGGGCUAUAAUCAAGCACACAUAAAUAAUAGGUUUGCACUUUAUUAAACAGUAAACGUCUACUCUAGCCAGUUAUUUUUGGAGACAAAUUUACCAGGUGAUUCUACUGCUAGUAUGUUCUAUACAGAUCUGAGUCUACAUAAAUUAAUUAAAUGAUGAUUGCAAGUUUCCAUACAUUGAUUGAUAUUGAUUUAGAUGUGCCAUAUUAAUGAGAAUAAAAUGCCUUGUUUUUGUUGUUUUGUGUUUUUUAUUUUUUUAUUUUUUCUGUAAUCAGAUUCAGUGCCAUUUCCAUUCAGAAUUUGUUGCAGAUAUUUCUACGCAGGUGCUGGAAUAAAAUAUAUAUAUUUUUUGUAACGUCAAUAAAACAAUUGCAGAACGCAAAUUGUUUCAUGGCUUUUUUAUGUCUGACUUCCUUUACGUUAUAUUUUGUUCCGAAGACUGAUCGAUUCCAGUGCCAAGAAAUGGGUGCAGCUUCCGCCCUUUUGUUCCAACGCGUCACUCUUUAUUCCCGCGUAAAACCGGGAAGCGCGCGCUGCUUAUUACGUCAUCAUGACGUCUGUGCACGUGAUCGCACAUGUGACCGCCGCCGCAGAGGGGCUGAGGCUUGACUGUGUUGAUGCGUGAGUCAUUCCGUUUAAAAGCUGCAAUCUCUUCACCGGCCCUCUGGCUGCAUCUAGUUCAAGAAGCACCUGUGAUAAAGGUGA